AUGUCCUCUGCUUUGGUGCGAUCGCCACCGGCCAAGCCGCUAACUGAUGACGUGGUUUUGGAGUUUAUGGAGCGUCCGCAUCGCCGUGGGGACGUGCACCCUUCCGAUGAGGAGUGGCUGCUUUGGAAUAAGUAUGUUAUUCAGUAUCCACGGACCCUAAGACAGCAGCAAGACAAACAACAACAUCAACAACAGCCACAGCAACAAAGGAAACAACAGCGUCAAAAGCAACAACAGCAGCAACAGCAGCAACAGAAGCGGAAGGCAGACGGAUCAAUUAGAGAUGAAGACAUUGAUCAUGGCAAGAACAUGUUAUUGAUAUCAGUCACAAUCUCUCCUGCUCUGAAAGGAGAAGUGAAUACCUCAAGACGGGACAGCACCG